GAAAAGCCCAAAGAGCAAAAGCCCCAAGAGCAAAAGCCCAAGGAGCAAAAGCCGAAGGAGCAAAAGCCCAAAGAGCAAAAGCCCAAAGAGCAAAAGCGCAAACCCCAAGAGCAAAAGCUCAAAGAGCAAAAGCCCAAAGAGCAAAAGCCCAAGGAGCAAAAGCCCAAA